GCCCACAAGAAGUACAACGUCCAUGAAUUAGUCAAUUCCAAGCCGCACAAUCAACUAUAUUGGUCUGAAACAUCAUAUAUUCGACAAAAUGGCGGACGACGAGGAGAAGGCCAAGGCUGAGAAGCUUGCCGCUGCCCGAAAGCGAGUAGCGCAAAUGCAGAAACAAAAAGGCAAGAAAGGAGCGAAGAAAUCCACCGCUGGAGACUCAAGCAAGGACGAAACGACGACGGAGAAGCCUGCCGGCGAUGACAAGCCUACGGUCGAGACACCAGAAACAGAAGUAGCACAACAGGCACCUGAACCGAUAGUUGAGCAAGAGGAGAAGGAGAAGGAAGAAGAACACCAAGAGGCUCCCACCGAACCUAUGCCUGAUGCGCCGCUUUCCCCCGAACCUGAAACUAGCCCCGACGAGACGAAGGAACUCCCAGUCAGAGGAGCGCAUAAACGACAACCUUCUCUAUCCGUGCAGUCGAAAUUGCGAUCUUCUUCAUUUCGAAACUCGAUAUCAACCGCAGCAUCACCAGGGUCUAGCAUCAAGUCCCCCCCCUUGCCACCAUUGACGCCCGGUGAUGAACAAAUCCAUGAGGUGUUUCGGAAACAAGCUGCUAGGCUAGAAGAGUUGGAGAAGGAGAAUAAAAGGCUGGAAAAAGAGUUUAACAACGCGAAUGUGCGCAGAGAGAAGGCGGAAGAAGAACUUGAAGAUCUUCGUGAGUCUAGCGUUGAGGUGAUUGAGCUGAAAGACCGCUUAGCAAAAGCUGAAAAGCAAGUCGCCGAACUUGAAUCACUGAAAACUGAAAUCGCGUCUUUGAAACGGCAAAACUCUUUGCUACAGUCCAAAACCCACAAGGCCAGUGCUGGCCACUCGGAUUCUCCACCAUCCGAGCUUGUGCAACAACUAGAGUUCAAAUCCUCGACAAUAGAAGCCAUGGAAAUUGAGAUCUCCAAUUUGCGCGCACAGUUGUCGGCAUCAACUACUUCAAUUGAUAACUUCAAGAGUCAAAUCAGCGCGCUGGAAGAGAAACUGUCGCAAAGCGAAAGCUCACUUCAAAAAACCCAGGAAGAGCUUUCAGAUGCCAAGCAGUCAAUUUCACGCGCCUCGGAAAAGGCGCUAAAGGAAGGCGUGGAUAAGACAAGUACGGAGACCCUAAUCAAGUCCUUACAACGAGAAGUCGAAGAACUACGGGAGGCCAAGGCAAGCUCAGAAAAGAAAGCAGAAGCGCUCGAUAAGAAGUUACAAGCACUCUCCAACUUACACAAAGAAUCCGAAAGUCGACAUCAGCUACGAUUGAGAGAACACGAGAACGUUGAAAAGGAAGUCGCUCUCUUGAAGAAGAGAUUAGCAUCAGUUGAGAAUGAGAAUCUGCGGUUACGAGAAGAAAAAGAUCGCGAAAGGAAAAAGAGUGCUGAUGUGGAAGGCAAUGAAGGCCUCGAUGAGCUAGAAGAUGAAGAACGUUCAAGACUUGAACGAAGGAUCCGCGAACUCGAAGGUGAAAAUUUUGACCUACGUCGCGGUGUCUGGAAGGACCGAAAGAAAGAAUUAGGAGUCGGAGCGGAUGAUGAGAACGACAGAGUUGAGACAACCGUGAGUCCAAGCAAUGCCUUUGACGAGGUGGAUCUCGUUGGCGGCGCUCCAGGCCACUCAAGACGACGGAGUCAAAUGGCGCAAGGCCGACAACAGCACCAACAACAUUCUUCUUUUACUACAGUCCUAUCUAGUGGCUUAGCUGCUUUUACAGGAGGUAAUAACGGCUGGGACCGGCGCGCAUCCACUCAACAUCAUCCACCGGCUACUAGAGGUAGUCUGGAAUUACUUGCGGAGGAGGACAAUGAUGAGUUCGAUGAAGAUGCGUUUGCACGAGCACAGGCAGAAGAAGAGGCACGCAAGCGCGUGGAAUGGGUGCGUGAAGUCAAACGUAAACUCCGUGAUUGGAAAGGUUGGCGACUUGAUUUGGUCGACAGCCGAGCUGGCGCGGAGGGAGUGGGUGUGGCUAUGGGUGAGAUAUUUGAAGUGUAAAGCGAAGAUAGUCCCGUGGUUCUAUUAGAGUUGGCGCAUGAAACUGAUGAUUACGUGUAUAUCCCCCAUAUUGUCAUUGAUGGUACGCAAGCAAUGGAGACGCGCACAUCCAAUUUGUAUGCCUUCUC